AUGAUUGAAUAUAUUUUGUAUGGAAUUUUGAUUAUUUUGGGAGGUUUUCUAGCUACUCUCCUCUUUUCUCUUAUUCAAUGGUUUUAUCAAGUAUUUAUCAAGAAUAGAUUGGAGAUUAAUAUCUUCCAGAAUCCACAAUACAAAACUGUUGAAAGUGAUGUUGCUGCCUCAUCAUCAUCAUCAGGUGUAGAAAAGAAGAAGAUUGCAAAGAAUGUAUUCUCGGAGAAGGCUUUGAAAGAAUUGGGUGAAUUGGAUGUUAUUAUUAUUGGUUCUGGAAUUGGUGGAUUAUCAACAGGAUCAAUUUUAGCAAAGGCUGGAAAGAAAGUACUCGUUUUGGAACAACACAAAGCAGCAGGAGGUUCAAUUCACACAUUCGGAAGAGGUGGAUCAGAAGUUAAAUUCCCAUAUGAAGCUGGUUUACAUUACAUUGGUGGAGUUGGAGAAGGACAAGAUCUGAAAGUAUUGCUGGAUAUAUUGUGUGAUAAGAAUAUUGCCAUGACUGAAUUGGAUAGUAAUGAAUAUGAUAAGGUUGUGAUUUUGGAUACAAAGAAUGGAGAUGACAAUAUUUUGAAAACAUUUUCAGUUCCGAAAGGAAGAAAGGCCUAUGAGAAGGCAUUGAAAGAUGCAUUCCCAACUGAAAAGGAGGCCAUUGAAAAGUAUUUGAAGAUUUAUGAUCAAAGUGCUGAGGAUAUUUUGGCAUCGAGAGCUUCAUCAACCUUAAUGAGAAGUAUGCCAUUGUGGAUUGUCAAUUUGUUUAAACGUUUCAUUUCUCCAAAAUUCAUGAAUUUAUUGGAUACUAAUUUACAAUCAGUGUUGGAUAGUGUUACAUCAAACAAACUCUUGCAAACUUGUUUGUGUUAUUUCUAUUUGGAUUAUGGUGUGAAACCAAAGGAUUGUCCACUCUUUGUUCACUCGCAAAUCAAGUCACACUAUAUGGAAGGUAGCUAUUUCCCAACUAAGGGAGCUUUGGAUAUUGUGGAGAGUAUGAUUAAGGUUAUCAGAAAGAGUGGAGGUGAUGUUUUGACAAAGGCGAAGGUCAAUUCUAUUAUCAUCAAGAAAGGAAAGGCUGUUGGUGUUAAAUUGGAAAAUGAUCUCACUAUCAAUGCUCCAAUUAUUAUUUCCAAUGCUGGUAAUUACAAUACAUUCAACAAGAUGAUCACACCUAGUGAUUUGGAAAAGUAUGGCAUGAAGGAUUACCUCAAAGAUUACAAGCCAUCUGCUCAAUUGAGUUGUGUCUUUUUAGGUUACAAAAAGUCCCUCAAGGAAUUGGGUUUAAAGUAUCAAAACACUUGGAUUGUAACUAGUGACGAUGUCAAUGCUCAACACGAUAGAUUCCACAACUCUGAUGGCGUCAUUUCUCCAAAGGAUGGAGUUGAUAUUAAUUUAUUAUACUGUUCCAUUAAGGAACAUCCAAAGAGUGGUGGUACUUAUAUUACCUUCUGUUUCUCCACCAAUUAUGAAUGGUUCAAAGAAUGGGAACAUCAAAGAGUUAAGAAACGUGGCUCAGGAUACAAUGAUUUGAAAAAGAUGCACACUGACAGAGCCAUGCAAUUAUUCUACUCUGCAUUCCCUCAUUUGAAGAAUGUUCCAUGUGAUGUUUUGGAUGGUUCCACACCACUCACAGUCAAACAUUAUUUGGGAGCUCAAUUCGGUGAAGCUUAUGGACAAAAUCCAGACAAAUCCAAGCUCGAAAAUAUUCAAAUCUCUAGACCUAACACUCCAAUUGAAGGUUUCUACAUGGUAGGUCAAGACUUAAUGCAAAACACAAAAUUACUUGUUGCCUUGCUUGUGUCUUGUCUGCUGAUUAGUAUUGUUCUCGGAUCAUCGGAUGAUGACUUGAGCUUGAAUCAAAAACAAUAUUCUGCUCCAAGACCUUCCUCUAAAGUUCUCUUCUUUGAUAAUUUUAAUCAAAAUCCAUUCGUUUCUGGUAAAUGGGUUAAAAGCCAGGACUCUAAAUAUGCUACACAACAAGUUGAAUGGACUGAAGCUACUGGAAAUGUUUUGGCCUUCUCUGGUGAUCAUGGUAUCUUGAUGAAGAACGCCGGUCAACAUUUUGGUGUUGCUUCCAAGAUUUCUCCAUCCAUUGAUAAUGAAAACAAGGAUUUGAUUAUUCAAUAUGAAGUUAAAUUUGAUUCUAAAUUAUCAUGUGGAGGUGCUUAUUUGAAAUUAUUGUUGGAAAAGGAAGGAGAAGAACUUGAUAUGGCUACUUUGAAUAAUGAUUCCGAGUAUGUCAUUAUGUUCGGUCCAGAUAUGUGUGGUACAACCAAUAAGGUUCACUUUAUCUUCCGUCACUUUAAUCCAAAGAAUCAAACAUGGGAAGAAAAACACUUGACUAAUGCUCCAACUAUUAAGAAUGAUGAAUUGUCUCACUUGUACACUCUCAUUAUUAGAAAGGACAAUACUUUUGAAAUCAAGAUUGAUCAACAAACUGCUAGAAAUGGAAGCUUGUUUGAAGAAUUCUCUCCAUCUGUUAUUCCACCAAAGGAAAUUGAUGAUCCAACUGAUAAGAAGCCACUCGAUUGGGUUGAUGAAGAAUUAAUGGAUGAUCCAGAAGCUAGUAAGCCAGAAGAUUGGGAUGAAACAUUGCCAGAAUUUAUUCCAGAUCCAGAAGAUAAGAUGCCAGAAGAUUGGUUAGAAAAUGAACCAGACAUGAUUCCAGAUCCAGAAGCUAAAAUGCCAGAAGAAUGGGAUGAAGACGAAGAUGGUACUUGGGAAGCUCCAAUUGUUAAGAAUAAGAAGUGUGAAACUCAAGGUUGUGGAAAAUGGCAACCAAGAUUGAUUAAAAAUCCAGCUUACAAGGGUAAAUGGGUUGCUCCAAAGAUUAAGAAUCCAGCUUAUAAGGGUGUUUGGGCUCCAAAGCAAAUUCCAAAUCCAAACUAUUUUGAAGAUAAGCAACCAUCAAAUCUCUCUGGAAAGAUUGGUGCUGUUUUUAUUGAAAUCUGGACCAUGCAACAAAAUACCUUCUUUGAUAACUUUAUCAUUGCUCACGAUGAGGAAGUUGCUGCUGAUUAUGCUGAAAAGACUUGGGCUAAGAAGCACGCUAUUGAAACUGAAAAGUUGAAGAAGAUUCAAGAGGAAAAUAAGCCAGAUUCUGAUUUUUUCAAACAAAUUUUGGUUCAAAUUCACCAACUCUUCAAUGACUAUCCAAUUCCAGUCAUUGCUGGUACAAUUGUUCUCGUUAUUGUCUCAACUGUUCCAAUUUGGUUGUUGAUGAGAGGUGGCGACGAUGAAACUUCCAAGAAGGUCAAGAAGACUGAAAAGAAGGAAUCCACUGAAGAAGAAAUUAAGCUUGAUGAAUCUUCUGAAAAUAAGGAAGAAGAAGUUGAACAAGAAGUUGAAGAAGAAAAGGAAGAGUAA